CGCGCGCGGGAUCCGGCCGGGCGCAGAGGCCGCAAGUGUAGGAGCCCGAGACCUCCACGCAGCCGACCUCCGGGGGCCACCGAGGAGCACCAGGUCCAUGCUGCUGCUGGGUCGAGGUCCCAAGGCCUGGCCUGGGCUCCGUCAGUUCAAGUCGCUCAUCCUCCCUAGGACCGUGGGAGGUCAGGCCCUGCAUGUGAGGUACCAGCUCUUGUCAAAGCAGGGCCCCACAGAAACAGGUGGGCAGGGCCAGCCCCAGGGCCCUGGGCUGCGAACUAGACUGCUGAUCACUGCCCUAUUUGGUGCCGGGCUGGGUGGGGCCUGGCUGGCAGCACGGGCUGAGAAGGAGCAGCGGCGGCAGCAACAACGGACAGAGGCACUCCGCCAGGUGGCUGUGGGUCAGGGGGACUUCAGCCUGCUGGACCAGCACGGCCAGGCUCGCUGCAAGGCUGACUUCCGAGGCCAGUGGGUGCUGCUGUACUUUGGCUUCACUCACUGCCCAGACAUCUGCCCAGACGAGCUGGAGAAGCUGGUGCAGGCAGUGCGGCAGCUGGAGGCUGAGCCAGCCCUGCCCCCAGUGCAGCCCAUCUUUAUCACUGUGGACCCCGAACGGGACGAUGUUGCAGCCAUGGCCCGAUACGUACAGGACUUCCACCCAAGGCUGCUGGGUCUGACUGGCUCCCCAGAGCAGAUCGCACAGGUUAGCCGCAGCUACCGUGUGUACUACAGCGCUGGCCCGAAGGAUGAGGACCAGGACUACAUCGUGGACCACUCCAUCGCCAUCUACCUGCUCAACCCCGAUGGCCUCUUCACCGACUACUAUGGCCGGAGCAGGUCAGCUGAGCAGAUUGUGAACAGUGUGCGGCAGCACAUGGCCACCUUCUGCAGCAUCCUGUCCUGAGCCACCAUUGCAGCCUGGACCCUGUCAUUAAACGGGGUGUGUUUAA